UUCCCUGCUUUGCGCCAAGGCUGCUCCAGCUCCAGCUCCAGCCUCCCUUCCUCCGCGAUCGCUGGGCCUGCAGGGUCCCCGAUGGAGGCCAGCCCCCCAGGGACCCCGGGGGCCAAGAGGGCCAGAGGGUCUGUGGCUAUGAAGAAGACACAUACGUCCCAAAUAGAGGUGAUCCCUUGCAAGAUCUGCGGAGACAAGUCCUCUGGGAUCCACUAUGGGGUGAUCACUUGCGAAGGGUGCAAGGGUUUCUUUCGGCGCAGCCAGCAAGGGAACGUGACCUAUUCUUGCACCCGGCAGCAGAACUGCCAAAUCGACCGCACCAGCCGCAACCGUUGCCAGCACUGCCGUUUGCAGAAAUGCCUCAGCCUUGGCAUGUCCCGGGACGCCGUCAAAUUCGGCCGGAUGUCCAAGAAGCAACGGGACAGUCUCCAUGCUGAAGUUCAGAAGCAGCUUCAGCAACAACAACAAGGAGGAGAGGCUUCGGGCUACUCCUUAGGAGUGACCAAUGGUCAACUUAAGUUGGCCCCUUCUCCAGACCUUUUGGAGUCCUCCGCCUGUUCUACGGCCCUCUUGAACGGUCAAGCCCGCCUCAGCCAGUCCCCGGAUGAAGCACCCCCCUUGGCUUACUCCAACGGACUCCACAAAGCCCAGAGUCUUCUGGGAGAAGAGCUUCGGACCCCUUUCACCAAGGGGUACAACCCCGAGCGCAUCAAAAUGGAGGGCAGGGGAAGCGUUUACUACGCCCUGGAGGCCCAGACGUCGCCUGAGCUCUUGCGUCCGGACAUCACCGGGGUGAAGCGGUCCGCAGGGAAUGAGGUUGGCGGCGAGACCCUCGACUUCUACACCACCCCCAGCUUCACCAGCCUCUUGCAGUCGCCCAAUUCCUCCCUGACAGAGAUUGAGCAUCUCACACAAAACGUUCUCAAGUCCUAUCGGGAGACCUGCCAGCUGCGCUUGGAGGACCUCCAGCUUCUGAGAUUGGAGACGUUCACCAGGGAGGAAGUUGGGAGCUACCAGAAAAAGUCCAUGGAAGAGAUGUGGGAACGCUGUGCCUGCCGCAUCACAGAAGCCAUCCAGUAUGUGGUGGAGUUUGCCAAGCGCAUGGCCGGUUUCAUGGACCUGUGCCAAAAUGAUCAGAUCGUGCUGCUCAAAGCAGGUGCCAUGGAAGUGGUUUUGGUGAGGAUGUGUCGUGCCUUCAAUCCCGAGGACCGGACCGUCUUCUUUGAGGGGAAAUACGCUGGACCGGAGCUCUUCAAAUCCCUCGGCUGCAACGAACUCAUCAGCUCCAUCUUCGACUUCGCCCACAGUCUGUGUUCCCUUCACUUCUCCGAGAACGAAAUCGCCCUCUUCACCGCAUUAGUACUUAUCAACUCAAAUCGGCCCUGGUUGCAGGAGAAAAGCAAAGUGGAGCGGCUGCAGAACAACCUGGAACUGGCCUUCAAGCACAUGUUACGGAAGAACCACCGGGAAGGCAUCUUGGCUAAGCUACCUCCGAAAGGAAAACUCCGGAACCUCUGCUACCAGCACAUGGAGAAGCUGCGUUCCUUCCGUCAGAUGUACCCCAUCAUCGUCCAUGCCGUUUUCCCUCCGCUGUACAAAGAGCUCUUCAGUUCAGACUCUGACCCACUCCCAGGAGCAGCGGGGGAAUAGUUCCCCAUAUCGACGAGGAAGAACACCCCAGCGAGGCAAGGAAGGCGCCAUCCAGAUGUCUCCUUCUUCCUUUCUCUUCCUUUUUCUCCUCCGGGAACUGACUCCAGAACGGGAAGGGCGGGAGAAUAUCGAGACCAAACGUAAUGAAUCCCACCCUUCGCAACGUGAGAAGGAGCAGAUGAGCAGAACAAUGAUGCUUGCGGGUAUUUUUUCUGUUGCUUUAGACAUUAAUAUUUUUUGGUACGCUUCCUCCCUAAAGAUUAGCCCCAUGCCUCUCUCUUCCUCCUCCGGGAACCAUUGAGUUGAAGGGGGUAAGCAACCGUUUACGACGCGCUUCAGGAACUUGCACAGACUUUCGCCGCCGUUAUAGCAUAAAAGUAUUAAAUUUACAGGAGGGUUAUGGUGGAUUUAAAAAGUGUUCUUCAAAGGAGGAGACUUCCGCCGCGACGCAGUCUCCUUGGAAAGCGGAAGCCCAACUUGCUGCCCGCAAUGCAACAACACUGAUACGGGCGGUCUGGAAAAUACCUCAUAUUUUGCUGUCUAAUGGAGAUGAGACUCAACCGAGGCUGUUGUUAUUAUUAUUAUUUUUCCUUGAAAGAAAGUUUAUAAGAAAUAAUAUAUAUAUUGUGGACAAAUGUGGUUCUAUAAGAUAGAUCUCUAUUUUUUCAGUGUCUGUUUACUUCUGCAUCUGAUAACGAAGGAGUUGCUAUCUAUCUAUCUAUUUGUCUAUCUACCUACCUUUUUUCUUUCCUUCCAUUCUUUCGCUCUGUGUCUCUGUACCUGCAGAUUGAUAUUUUUGUACUAGAUUCUUACAACCAGCAAUAUUUUUGGAGGGCGGAAAGUCCUCGAUCUCAAUCUUGUAGCUGCUUUUGCAUAAUUUAAGAAAAGAAUUAAAACAUAGGGUUUCAGUAUACAUGUUCAUGUAUCAAAUCUCUUGCCAUACAAAUACUCUUCAUCUGAG